AUGUCAGACCAAACACCUUGCGUCUUAGUCACAGGCUUCACCGGCUUGCUCGGCAAAGUCGUCGUGCAAGAACUCUGCAGACGACAACUCCAAAAUCUCCUACCCGACCACAAAAUCCUCCUUCUCAUCCGUCCCUCCAAAGAUAGAUCCGCUGCAGAACGCUUCACUCGCACGACCAAAGCGAUCUGUUUCUCCAAACUCGAGGAUACAUGGCAGGAUCUUGUCCAAGUCAUCGAGGGCGAUUUGUGCACUCCUGAUUUGGGACUACAGCGGGAUGUUUAUGCAGACUUGGCUCGGAGAGUCACGCAUAUCAUCCAUUGCGCCGCUUCCAUUGAUUUCGAUCUGCCCUUGCAAGAGGCCUCAAGGUCGAAUGUGGAUACUUCGAUGAACAUCCUCGAGUUGGCGAGGAAAUGUCCGAAUCUGAGGCAAUUGGUCGAUACGUCCACGGCAUAUGUUUCCACUUGUCAGGAAGGAACGAUUGCUGAGGCAUUGGCGCCAAUGCCUCUGAAUAUGUCCCCAUCGCAAUUGCAUUAUUUAAUCCAGAAGGGGUUGAUUGAUGAAGCUGAGUUGUUGGCGUCUUCUGGGCAUGCGAAUACGUAUACAGUCACCAAAUGUCUGUCUGAGCACUUGCUGUUUGAGGAGUACGGAAACGUCCCAGUCACCAUCGUUCGGCCCAGCAUCAUCAGCGCAGCCCAGGAAUAUCCCUUCCCGGGCUAUAUUGACUCGUACGCCGCAAUGGGCGGCUUCGUCUCUCUCUUCGGUUCUGGCUUCCUUCAUGUCAUCGAAGGCGACCCGACCGCAAGUUUCGACGUCGUCCCAGUCGAUUUUGUCGCCAGUCGUAUAAUCGAAGAGUCGCAAUUAGCACAUCUCCACCCCCGACUUCCGCAGGAUAGGUCUUGA